AACGGCUUGAUGAAAGUUGUCUAAAUGCACUAAUGGCGUUUCAUAGCUAGCAGUUGGCUGGGUUUGGCCACGAGAGGGCGUGUGUUGCCAAAACAAACGUUAAUCCGAAGAAAACAUGCAAACUUCGACGAGACUCUUAAUAAGAAGGGCAACAAGAGUUGUGCUUACCAGUCAUCACUCGGCACAACUCAGCACUACAGUCAGACAAGGUGUGGUGGAAAAAUCAAUAGUCAACAAACUCACAAACCACUUUCAGCCUUCAGUUUUAGAUGUCUUCAAUGAAAGUUAUAUGCACAAUGUACCACACGGCUCAGAGACGCAUUUCAAAGUAGUUAUAGUGUCACAGAAAUUCCAUGAUGAAAAACUUGUGCAGCGUCAUCGUUUGGUGAACGAAACUCUGAGAGAUGAGUUGAAUGCGGGUGUUCAUGCCUUGUCCAUUCAGGCAUUUACUCCAGAGCAGUGGGACAAUGAAGGAUUUGUUUCCGAUUCCCCAAAAUGUUUAGGAGGAAAAGCACGAGAGCUGAAGAGGGAAAUGGAUCGGAGUAAAGAAUCUUAACACCUUGUGAUCCUCAUGAAAAAUUAUAUAAACUGAUUAAAGAAUGGACCCUUAUGUAAUAUGAGGACUCAGUAGAGAGCUUUCACUUUUUCGCUAGGGAAUCGAUUCACAGAGAAAAUUUCUCAUUCCUAUUUACAUACUUGUACAAAAAUUAGCAAGCUUUUGCUAUCCUGUUUUUGUGUUUCCUUGAGAACCAAAUUCUUAGACACAGAUAUGCACUUUUCUCAACGGAUUGGUUCUCAUACGAGGUAAUGUAAGCUCUCUAGUAGUUGAAACUUGCAGCAAAAUUAUAUCAUGCAGAAAGGAAGCUGUAAAUAUGUUAUUGAGGGAAAAAAAAUAAACCCUCAGUUUCAUUGAUAAGACAACCAAAGAGCAAGUAUACAUUGAUUUAAAAAGAAAAACAUGAUCUAACACACUGAGUCAGUGUUCGGCCAGUCAUUGGCCAGUGAAAUUUUCCAUGCUCUGUAUCUGUGUUUUGAACGCAACACCACUCCGCUGAUUAUCGGAGGUAGUCCGAGUUGAUCGUCGUUGAAAACAAUUUUUUUGUGCGAUGUCAGAUCGUCAUAUUUUUACAAGUUAUACUACCUCUUGAAUGCAGAAUGUUUUGAGCUAAACAAUUCAAAUUAGCUGACUACAGCUGUACAGCUCUGAAAUUUAAGAUAGUACAGUGUAUACAUAUUGCAUGUGUGCAUGGCUGUGGGGAUUGAGAAUGCAGGAUAUUUACAUUUUUCAAGUAAUAAAAGUGACAGCUUGCAAGAAAUUUGCUUUACACACAUUUAUUUGUAAAUAAGAGAAAGACGAAAGCAGUAAAGUACACUGCUGUUUUUAUCACUAUUAUUACUAUAUAAGUUUAAUAUUUGUUUCUUGUCAAUGUUGCAAGGAUGGUCCUUUUAAUAGUUGUUUUCCCCAAAUAUUCAGUCUACCUGCAGUGCUCAAUAGUUCUGCUGUUUAUGCUGUAAUACAUUUCCUUUAUUCUUUGAUAGACCCUUAAAUUGGCUGGAAAUCAAUGAGGAAGUGCUUUGAUUUGUUAUGAAGUUUUACCACUAGAUAAUAUCUCAUCAUAACAAAUAUGUGAUGUAAAUAAAACUCGAAAAACAGAGUUUAUUAUCAAAUGGAAUUAAAUUUAUUGUGAAAAUUCUACAAUUGUUUUACCAUUCACCAGUUGUAAAAACAAUAACAAAAGCUACAUAUUUCUGUAAAAAUACCUUUGUCAAUAUAUUAAUAUUACAUAUUACAUAACCUAUAAAAUAAGUGUUUUUAUUUAGGUUGUGAAGUCCUCACACUGUUGACAACUUUGCAAAAGGAUUGUGUAGAAAAAUAUGGUAUAUUUACAGUAUACAGUCACACCCAAAAUUUUAAAAUAAAAGAACAGUGACAAGUGUAAACCAACAAUUGUUGUGAAAUAUAGAAAUGCCACACAUAUAUACAACAGAAAUAUAUAAUUAUAAAACCAUCUUAUAAAAUGAAUGAAAAUGUGAUAUGUCCGCAAAAAAGUGAGCACAUCAAAUGGUGGUUGUGUUGACCACGAGUGACAAAUAAAAAUGGGGGUUGAUCAGAAAGUAGUUACUUAUUUUAUCAGGGUUCACUUGCCCAAUGUAUUUUGGCUGGUCCACAACAAUUCUAUCUUAGCGGCCCAUCUACUAUCUUCGGCUAGAAAUACCCUUGUUUUUACAGCCUGACAGUGAUCAAAGAAGUAUAUUCUGUAACAACUAAAAUUAAAAUUGAGCAUAAAACUGUAUACAAGAAGGUUUCUACAAGAACACUGGAAACAAAGUUUAGGUGCGGCCUUUGAUGUUAAGUCAAAAAUUCAUGGCGUAAUGCAAAACUCUGCUAUAUAUUAUUAUUCCAGUAAAUCAUUGUAACAAACGUGUGGAAUACUAGACUCCACUUACAUACAGUUACAGUGUUAAAUAUAAUACAAUAAAACAGAAAACUUUAUAAAAUAUGUAUAAAUUAGUACACUAACACACAGCACAUGAAAGCAACAAAAGUAUGUUUACAAUCAAGUUCAUGAGUGACCAAAACACCUUUCAAUUAAUGGAAUGGUCCUAUCAUCACAGAGGCACUGUAAUCAUUUGAGCUCUAUAAUCAUAUCAACACAGAUCAAGGUAAAUGCAACUCGCCUUUUAAAGGAAAUAAUUUUGCAUAUUUGAGAUCUAACUUUGUCCAAGGUUAUAAAUAGCACCCUCUAACAUGACAUUGAAAACAAACCAUGCUAAAUCUAAAAGUGAAAAUUUAUCAUGUUAAAUUGACGAUCUCAAAAGUAAGAUUAAUCUAUCUAGUUGAUGUAAAAAGUUAUUGAAAUUCAUAGAAAUAAUGUUGGAAAAGGACUUUAAUACAGCUAAUCCAUAUUUAACUGUACCAUAAAACCUUGAAUUGAAGCCCAAUGGGCUUAAUCUCAAAAAAAAAAAAA